GCGAUAACCGCCGGCUCCGCCCCGUGUCGGGGCGACACCCUCGCCGCCCUGUUUUUUGUGGGCAGGCGUUUGCGGCAGAGGACUGGAGAGCCGGGUUCGUGGUGCCUUGGUUUCUAGAGUCGCAAGACUUUGUCAUCCUGAACUGCAUGAUUUUAUGAGAUUCAGAGUUUCGGUCCUAACUUCCUAUGUUGGAAGGAGACCGGACUCCAGCCGGCCUUCCUGGUGCCUAUGGUCUGCAUAUAUGACCAAGCCUUCAGCGUGACUGGCCUACCUUGAGGUCCACCCCAAAAUCGGAACAUCAGUGAAGGACCUUUCCAUCCACAAAGCCAGUGUCCAGAACUCACACAGGAGGAUGCCCCUUUUCUUUCGGAAGCGGAAACCCAGUGAGGAGGCUCGGAAACGCCUGGAGUACCAGAUGUGUCUGGCAAAAGAAGCUGGGGCAGAUGACAUUCUCGACAUCUCUAAAUGUGAACUCUCCGAGAUUCCGUUUGGGGCUUUUGCAACGUGCAAAGUUCUGCAGAAAAAGGUGUUGAUUGUGCAUACAAACCAUCUCACCUCCCUGCUUCCCAAAUCCUGCAGCCUCUUGAGCCUCGCCACCAUCAAGGUUCUGGAUCUCCAUGACAACCAGCUGACAGCCCUUCCUGAAGACAUGGGGCAGCUGACAGCCCUGCAGGUACUGAACGUGGAAAAGAACCAACUGACUCAUCUCCCACGCUCUAUUGGGAACCUGCUGCAGCUCCAGACCCUCAAUGUGAAAGACAACAAGCUGAAGGAGCUUCCUGACACACUGGGAGAGCUGCGAAGCCUGCGUACCCUGGACAUCAGUGGAAACGAGGUUCGGAGACUGCCUCAGAUCCUGGCUCAUGUGCGGACCCUGGAGACGCUGAGCCUCGAUGCCUUGUCCAUGGUCUACCCGCCUCCAGAGGUGUGCGCUGCUGGUGUUGCGUCUGUGCAGCAGUUCCUUUGCCGAGAAUCAGGACUGGAGUACUACCCCCCUUCUCAGUACCUGCUGCCAGUCCUGGAGCAAGAUGGAGCUGAGAACUCCCAGGACAGCCCCGAUGGACCCAUAAACAGAUUCUCCAGGGAGGAGGCUGAAUGGCAGAACCGGUUCUCCGACUAUGAGAAGCGAAAGGAGCAGAAGAUGCUGGAGAAGCUGGAGUUUGAGCGGCGCCUGGACCUCGGGCAGCGAGAGCAUGCCGAGCUGCUGCAGCAGAGCUACAGUCACAAGGAUGAGAUCCUGCAGUCAGUCAAGCAGGAGCAGACGCGGCUGGAGCAGGGCCUGAGUGAGCGCCAGCGCUGCCUCGAUGCAGAGCGGCAGCAGCUGCGGGAGCAGCUGAAGCAGACCGAGCAGAGCAUCGCCAGCCGCAUCCAGAGACUCCUGCAGGACAAUCAGAGGCAGAAGAAGAGUUCUGAGAUUCUGAAGUCACUGGAGAAUGAGAGAAUAAGAAUGGAACAGUUGAUGUCCAUAACCCAGGAGGAGACAGAGAACCUGAGGCAACGUGAGAUCGCCUCCGCCAUGCAGCAGAUGCUGACUGAGAGCUGUAAGAGCCGCCUCAUCCAGAUGGCCUAUGAGUCUCAGAGGCAGAGCCUGGUCCAGCAGGCCUGUUCCAGCAUGGCGGAAAUGGACAAGCGGUUCCAGCAGAUUCUGUCAUGGCAGCAGAUGGAUCAGAGCAAGGCCAUCAGCCAGAUCCUUCAGGAGAGUGUGAUGCAGAAGGCUGCAUUCGAGGCUCUCCAGGUGAAGAAAGACCUGGCGCAUCGGCAGAUCAGGAACCAGAUUAGGCUAAUAGAGACUGAGUUACUGCAGCUGACACAGCUGGAGUUAAAGAGGAAAUCCCUGGACACAGAGACGCUGCAGGAGAUGAUCUCGGAGCAGCGCUGGGCACUGAGCAGCCUGCUCCAGCAGCUCCUCAAGGAGAAGAGGCAGCGAGAAGAAGAGCUCCAUGACAUCCUGGUGGAAUUAGAAGCCAAGAGCGAAACCAAGCAGGAAAAUUACUGGCUUAUCCAGUACCAGCGGCUCUUGAACCAGAAGCCUCUGUCCUUGAAGCUGCAGGAAGAAGGCCUGCAGCGCCAGCUGGUGGCCCUGCUGGUGGAGCUGUCUGCCGAGCACUACCUGCCCAUAUUCGCACACCACCGCAUCUCGCUGGACAUGCUGAGCCGAAUGAGCCCUGGAGACCUGGCCAAGGUGGGUGUCUCGGAAGCAGGCCUGCAACACGAGAUCCUACGGAGGGCCCGGGACCUGGCAGAUGCGGCCAGGGUCCAACCAGAGUUGGAACCACCCAAGGGUGAGGUCCCUGAUGUCCUGGAGCCCCCCGCAGCACCCCAGGAGCCUCCUGAGACAGUGAGACCAUCUGCUCCCCCAGAAGAACUGGACAUGGCGACCUCAGAGUGUGUCGUGUGCCUGGAGCGUGAGGCCCAGAUGGUCUUCCUCGCCUGUGGCCAUGUCUGCUGCUGCCAACAGUGCUGCCAGCCGCUGCGCACCUGCCCACUGUGCCGCCAGGAGAUCUCCCAGCGCCUCCGGAUCUACCACAGCAGCUGAGCGCACAGCCGCCCGCCAGCCAGCGCUGGCCCUCGCUUGGCGCCACCCCUACCGCUGCUGGGCUCCCACGCACACGCACCCACGUUCCCCAGACUAGGGCAAGACUGCCAUGGCCUUUUGCCACCCCCAGGCAGGCAGGUGGUGUGUUCCUGGUCAGUGACACAGUGGACAGUGAACAGAUGGGCAUAUCUGCUGGUGACGGAGCCUGUGGGACAGGGGCAGGGUCCAGGCUGUGGAGGUGGCCAUGCCGCCAGCAGGACUCAGGAAUCCAUGAUGUUAGGCAAGCCUUAGUGCCACAGCCAGCUGUCUGCCCCGUGUGGAGGUGUCCUUGUCUGUGGCUGUACCACCUUUGGCCUGAGGUGGGGCGGUGUUUGGGUCGGGGUGGGCUGUGCAGGACCGCUCCCUCCCCGCCCUCCUGCUGCUUUCCAGUACCCGCCCUCCCAUGUCUGCAUCCUCAGCCCACAAGGCAGCUUGACUCAAACAGGAACACCAAUAAAUCUGAGUUCCUCCCAGA